UUUUUGUCGUGUGACUCGUGUUAUUAUUCCGUUUUCUCGGAAAUCCAGAGGGAAAAUGCGGGGACUCUUGACUACUGGUUACAUUCUUCCGUUCUACUCAUUGAAUUUUAUUUCGUGGACAGAUAUUCGAGGUACAACCUGUUGUUUUGUUUUUACGGAAUAAACGACGAUAAACAGGUGUAUUCGUAGGAACAAUGGGAUCUGGGGUUCAUUGAUGUACAGGUGAAAACAAAAUUGUCGUGUGUUUCUGGGAAUUGUUGCAGGAGACCCAGAAAAAGACUGAGAAAAAGUCGAAUAAUUUUGGUGAAAAUGGUGUGGCAUUAAUUUUUUUAAGAUGGAGGUGGAGUUUUUGAGAGUAAUGGCUGAAUGUGGCUGGAUGUGGCUGAAUGGGAUUAUGCUGUGACUGUGGGACGAAUGACGUAGGAAAAAGCAGUAAAAAAGAAAUAGUUGUGAGAGGGAGACGUUGGCGCAACCUCGCCCCUCAGUCCUCAGUCCUCAGUCCUCAGUCUUCCGCUGAUCUCUGUGUCAAGUCGGUCAAGUCGUCGGGACAAUUCCCUUUUUCGAAUUGUUGUGCUAUUCGGUGCAAUUAGCGAAUGCCAGGGAUCAUUCGGUGCUCAGGACUCCACCGAAAAGAGCAUCAUGGAACCGUUCGGUGAGGGUCCCUCACGGUGUCAUUAUCCAUGAAAAACGUUUUUUUUUUCACGGAAAAAAAAGUCGUAAGCGGGGGUGCUCCAAGGAUUCCAGAAUCAAUCUCAUUUGUGGAUUAAUAAUAAGGGAAUUGUUAUAUUAUGGAAACUACGUGAUUUCAGAAGCUGCCGAUGACCGCUCAACGAAUGACAGACGGCAAUUGAAAAUUGCGGAGCAAUAACAUCGAUCUGUCUCAACCCAGCGACAUCACACUGUCUACGUCAUAAGAGCCUUGGCCGAAUUAAUCUAGACAUCAAACGGGCAUCUGUACCGAGUACAGCCCAAAUAUUAUCGAGUUUACGGAAAUAAAAUAAUCACUAUGUCCCGUGAAAUAGAGCAGAUAACAGAGCCCCCAGGAAAUACCACAGCGAAAAAUUCAGAUAUCCUGAAAUAUCCGCAUAUACACGACCAGAAUGCUCUUAUUAAUAAAUCCACCGCCAAAGUUAAUUUCGGUAUAACAAUGAGAGACACCGAAGUGCCUUCCCAGUUAUCUAUUCCACCAAAAAAUAAUCAGGAAGUUAGUGUGAAAAAUUUACUGAUUAAUUCCCUCGUGAAUUACGAGAGGAUGCUGAAUAGCUCACCAAGAACAUCAACAAUUCGUGGAUCUGGUAAUGAUGGACGUGUCAUUGCUACCUCUUUUAUGGAAUUAUCGGUUGGUGUGACCUGUGGUACUCGUAGAGCUCGUUCAGAGCCCGGAAGUCUCUCGACAACCGUUAUCACCGGUUCAAGGACCAGUGAAAUUAAUCAUAAAUGUUUACACGCCCCAACGCGCAUUGCCAGUCUCGAUGGACUCGAUGCAUUGGAUACCAGGCAAUCUCAAAUUAUUUCCACUCACAACAGCCAAAACAGUCACUUACUGUCGUUAAAUGCGACGCCAGUCGUUGGAAUUGUCGCAUCACCGUCUAAGAACAAGUUGACGUCCAUUUGGGAGAGUCGUAAUACCUGCGGUGAUAAUGAAUCGGGUUACGUCGUCGAUCCAGUCCAGGGGAAUACGUAUUAUAAAGGACCGUUUCUAGGCAAGGGAGGAUUCGCCAGGGUAUAUCUGAUGACUGAUAUGGCGAGUAGAAAGCGAUAUGCCUGCAAGAUCAUUCCAAAGAACCGCAUGCAAAAGAUUCACAUCCAGAAGAUUGCACGUGAGAUUAUGAUUCACAAAGAUCUGAUGCACGUGAACGUCGUGCAAAUGCAUCAUUACUUCGAGGACAGUUGGAACGUUUAUAUGCUGCUCGAAGCUUGUCCAAGAAAGAGUUUGAUGCACGUGUUGAAAUACCGAGGAAAAGUAACGGAGCCAGAGGCUCGUUACUACAUGAAGCAGAUGGUGACAGGAGUGGCCUACAUUCACUCCCAGAGAGUUGUCCACCGAGAUCUCAAGCCAGGGAACAUGUUCCUCUCAGACGGUAUGAUAGUGAAAAUCGGUGACUUUGGUUUGGCGACAAGACCGGAUGGUCAAAAGCGACGUGUAACAAUCUGUGGUACACCGAAUUACAUAGCACCUGAGGUGCUUUACAAACAGGCUUACAGUUACGAGGCUGACGUUUGGGCACUUGGUUGUAUUCUGUACGCAUUAUUAACUGGCCAGCCACCCUUCGACACAGCAUCAUUGAAAGAGACAUACUCAAGAAUCUGCAAUAAUCGUUACAAGAAGCUGAAUGACACGAUUGUCAGUAGAAAUGGCCAGGAUUUGAUAAAGUGGUUGCUUCAACCCAUUCCUGAACUGAGGCCAUCACUCGAGACUGUUAAGGAGCAUGCCUACUUGACGAUGGAGUUUGUACCAGAGAAAUUGGCGCAUACCUGCUGUUACAAACCUCCAGAAGUCAGUCUUGAAGGGCCAAUAAAGAGUAAAAAUGAUAAAACUCUGGUGCCCACGGCUUCAUUCCCCUCAGCAACAACUCUGUCCUCGACUUCGUGCACAUCAACCAUCUCGAGGAAGAUUGCACAAUCACCGAUCGAGCAUAUGCCAAAGACAGGAGUCAAGCAAAUUGAGAUACCAGUUGUCAAUGGGGUGAGGUUGCUCGAUAAUAAUGUUAGGUUGGGGGAGAAUAAUGCAAGACUGCCUGUUUCUAUUCACCGAGAGAAGAGUAGGGAAGCUAAAGUUGGCAAUUGGCUUGUUCGUAAGUUCCCUAAGCUCACUAAAUUGAGAAGGAGAUUUGGCAAUCUUCUUUGUCCUGAUAGAAAAAAAGCUUCUGAAAGUGCUCUUAUGCAUUAUGCACUUGAGAAUUGUCUCGCUGAGAUUCGACACACGAGGGCGGCUAAGAACCCUCUUCCCAUUGAAGGACUUGCUCCAUUGUUUGUUACUAAGUGGAUUGAUUAUUCCAAUAAGUAUGGACUGUGCUUUCAAUUGUCCGAUCGAUCGGUUGGGGUUUUGUUUAAUGACAGCACCAAGAUGAGUUACACUCGCGACAGAAGACGAGUGGAAUACACAACUCCAGACGACGAAGUGACGCGUUACACCCGAGAGCGAGAUGUUCCCUCUUAUCUCCACGAGAAAUUAGAGCUGCUGCGUCACUUCACCGAGUACAUGGACGACCACCUGACGAACGGUGGUGAAAUCAGUGAUAACUGUUCAACCAAAUUAUCACGAAGGAAUGGCUCUGUACCUAGAAUGCGUCGCUGGUUACGAACUGACAAAGCCAUUGUUAUGGAAUUGACAGUGCCUCUACUCCAGGUGAACUUCUUCUCGGAUCACACGAAGAUCGUCGUCUCCGAGGGGGCACGACCAAAGGACUAUCUCGUCACUUACAUUGACGCUAACAGACACACGGCGUCUUAUUGGCUGAAUGAUCUCAGAGACGGUGGAUGCACCUCAGAAUUGUACGAACGUUUGAAUUACGUUUGCAGGGCAUCAAGGGAAUUUGCACACCUGGAGAGCAACUUCGGAUGCUCGGAGAUCUCGAUCAAUCCCAAGCCUACACUCAAGGCUUGAGAUUAACUCGUUUUCAUGUCUUCCUGGGGCGUAAUGCAUUAUUAGAUAUGUUGGAUCCUUAGGCAAUUUAUGUUAUGUUUUUUUUCUUUGUUUUGGUUUCAAUGGCGGAAUGGAAAUUAUGAGUCGAUAUAUUUUUCAAUUGUAGUCAAUGGAAGAUGCACUCGUUUACUUUUAUUCCGCUGGUGAAAUCAUUCGGCUGUUGUAUUGAUGCGAAGUUGAUGGAGUCGACUGCCACUUUGAUAUUGGGGCGAAUGCUGAUGACAGCAGGGACCCAUUUUUUUUUCUUUUCGCUAUUUCAGGAAGAAUUCAGUAGCGAAACGUGAAACGUCAGAUUUGAUGGGUUUGUGGAGUUUACUGGCGCAGCUAUAUAGGCUAUGAGAUACUUCGGAGAAGAUGACGCGGGAUUUUUCGAGGGGAGAAUGUCCCUAAUAAACAACCCCUCGACAUUUUCUCGUAAAUCAUUUUAGAGAUAAGUCGGGACUCAACAAUCUGUGGAGUUUUAAAAAAUCGUUCAAUUAAAUUUGAUCAUGAAUUUUUUGAAAUUAUCCACAUUUCCAUGUUUGGGUUCUGAUAAUUUCUCAGUAAUGGCUGGGAAAGACAGGAAAGAAAAUUUUGCAGAAAAAAAUUUUGGCAUUUUUUCGGAGAAUAAUUCCUGAAAUCAUUCAUAAUUCAGUAAAAUAAUCGUUUGCAUUCAAGGAUCUUUUCAGAUACCUUUGAAAUUAAAAGAGGAUAUUGUUAUCAUUCAUGAAUACUAUACAGUGGACACCCAUAAUCAAUCCGCGCUCUGGAAAGCAAACACAUCGAAUUCGUACUAAACGAGUACUCAAAUGGAGUCCUUACUCCACCCCAAAAUUCUGAGAAUUUCAAUGGGA